CGCUAGAGCACCUGUGAAGUUCCCCGCAUAUAAUGAGUGUAAACAUUCACGGUAGGGACGGCCUGCCAAUAUUUCUUUUUAUGUUGAUAUUUCUCCUUUAUAUCCAUCCACCUUUUUAAAUUGUCUGCCUUCUUUUCAGCGCUCCAACCCCACCCUCAUCAUGUCCACAACACCACGCGACGUCGAACGCUGCUCCACAUUCCACAGCAACGGGAUCGCGCUGGCAAAUGAAAUUAUUCUGCAUAUCCCAAGUUAUGUAUCCAUAGGCACUCAGUUGCUGCCGCUAGGGGGCGGGGUGGGCACGCGCAGGGCCCAUCACCCGAUUGCCUCAGUGUCGCGGCACCUACGGGCAAUUUACCUGAGCCAGCCGUACCUAGCACCAGCGGACAACACACAACCGCCGGUCCCAUGCACCAUUGGCGGAGCCCUUCAAUUUGAUGACCUUUGCACCUUGGUUUCCUUCUUCGAGGGCGGCCCUGGUCAGGAUACCAAUUUCUUGCGUGAAAUCCGGGGGUUGAAUGUAUCGUACAAAGAUAGCUUCGCCGUCAGUUGGUGGCAGGAGACCACCAAUUAUGCAUUUGAGGCCUUCGAGCUUCUCUACAAGCGCUGGCACCUCAUGUCCGUGUCUUGGCUUCGAAUUCACCUUCGUUGUACUAAAGCGAUCUUGUCCGUAGAUGAUCCAGGGAUCUGGAGCCUGCUGAAAAUUCGCGGCCUUCCACGCCUCGAAGUUGUCGGCCCUCGUCGUUGUAUCUCCCCUCUGGUCCGCAAAUACCUCAAAGCGCGAACACGCAGCCAAAGACUGUUCCCAUGGCGCCCGCUUGGUGUGGAGAACCCCGGCCCUAAAGAAUGGACAGCUCUUGUCAAAGAUCGAAGUGGCAUACCAAGGUGGCAGGCGCAGUUCGAAUGGUUGGAGGCUCGGUACAAGUAUUUGCACGAUCGAGAAACAAUCGCUGCGAGGUGCAAAGAGCAACGAACUACAUAUCGUAAGCAACUAAAUCGGUGGCCGAUGUUAUCGAAACGUAGACGGAGGAGGGGCGUAUAGUCUUUGGCUUAGAGCGACAAGGGGGGUUUGAGGGGUUUCCGUGAGCGAUGAACGUGGUUAUAUUAACCUCUCGUCAGUCUUUCUCUAGCUAAAUCCAUCUAAUGGGAGGUAUUCUACCAC